AAGAGUAGCAUUUUGCCAUUUUUUUUCUUGAUGGGAUUCUAUGCAGAAGAAUUAGUGACUUAAAUGGAGAGGGUUCCACUUUUCCACCCCUAAGAAGCAUGAAAAGAAUGUACAGGUUUUAAGUGGUAUUUAUGAUUAAAAAAAUGCUCUAAAGCAAAGUAAUUCACACUCUCUAGCACUAGUACUUACAUGGACUUAGUUUAUGUUGCAGGAUGUUGAGGGGUUGUAAUAUCUCAGGACCAAUCCCCACAUAUAUAGUAGAGAUGACAGAAUUGAGAUUUUUAGAUCUCAGCUUCAACAAGUUGAACGGAGAGAUUCCAAAUCUUGAUGGCCUAACAAACGUGGAGGUCAUGUGUCUGACAGGCAACCGGCUUAAUGGAAAUAUUCCAGAUGGAAUCAAGGGAAGGCAGAGACGCACGAACCUGUUCAGAAGCUUUUUUGAGGAGGGGAACUUAGAACUUGGUGGGUGCCUGGAAAACUAUCCUUGUCAAAAAGAGAUAAUUAUCAGAGGCAAUAAAUCCUUUCAUAGCCUUGGCAGACAGAUUUUUAAUGUUUAUAUUCAGGGAAAGUUGGAAUCAGAGGAUUUUGAUAUUGUACAAGCAGCACAAGGGGUUGAAAAGGUAGUUGUAAAAGAAUUUAAAGCAGUUGUGAAGAAUAAAACUUUAGAGGUCUGCUUUCAUUGGGCUGGCAAGGGGACAACAGCUAUACCAAGCAGAGGAACUUAUGGUCCUCUCAUAGCAGCUAUUUCUGUGGAAUCUGGUUUUAAUGCAUGACUUCAUUAUAAGAUAUAAUGUCAUGGCACCUACGCUUGGACUAGUCUCUUAUUUACCCAUAUUGGAAACAUACUUCAUUAAUAACCUAGCAAGGUAUUAAGUUGUUCUUGCGUUACCUCAUUUGCAAUUUAUUUUUUUAUUAAUUGGUGUAUUUUUUUCACACUAACGAAAACCAGUGUAAGGAGUUUGCAAUUGGAACUCAAGUCUCGCAUUGAGGAGUUUGAGAAGCUUGACAAAUUCCAUAUGGAACAAAUGGAAGAAGAGGUUACCGCAAGAAAUGCUCACAUACAUCAACAGAAAGUUGGUAGUUUGGAAUGUUUUAUGGUAGCUAAGAGCAGUGCAGAAGAAUUUUCAAAAACUGAUAUUGUUGAAGGUAUGUGCAUUAGUCCUUUGCUUCACUUGAUUUGAUAUGCACUUUGAUUCUAUAG